AUGUUAGCUUCAUUCGUACGUGAUAAUGUUAUGUUGUUAGCUUCAUCCGUACGUGAUAAUGUUAUGUUGUUAGCUUCAUCCGUACGUGAUAAUGUUAUGUUGUUAGCUUCAUUCGUACGUGAUAACGUUAUGAUGUUAGCUCCAUUCGUACGUGAUAAUGUUAUGUUGUUAGCUUCAUCCGUACGUGAUAAUGUUAUGUUGUUAGCUUCAUCCGUACGUGAUAAUGUUAUGUUGUUAGCUUCAUUCGUACGUGAUAACGUUAUGAUGUUAGCUCCAUUCGUACGUGAUAAUGUUAUGUUGUUAGCUUCAUCCGUACGUGAUAAUGUUAUGUUGUUAGCUUCAUUCGUACGUGAUAAUGUUAUGUUGUUAGCUUCAUUCGUACGUGAUAAUGUUAUGUUGCUAGCUUCAUUCGUACGUGAUAAUGUUAUGAUGUCAGCUUCGUCUGUCCAUGAUGAUGCCGUGAUGUUAGCUUCAUUCGUACGUGGUGAUAUUACGAUGUUAGCUUCAUUCGUACGUGGUGAUAUUACGAUGUUAGCUUCAUUCGUACGUGAUAAUGUUAUGUUGUUAGCUUCAUUCGUACGUGAUAAUGUUAUGUUGUUAGCUUCAUUCGUACAUUCGUACAUGUGGUGUUUCAUGUAG